UUAUUCAUAGCUAAUUAGAUAGAACUGCACAGAGUCAACAAGGUGGCACGAACAGUGAGAUAGUUACCUGUCCGCCAUGACAGUCCCACCAAAACAACACACCGUCUAACUUUUCUACUUUCUUUAAGCUGAAAUCGUCUCACCUGUGCCCCUCUUUCCUUUAUAUUUACGAAUGCGGUAAUUUUGCCUUUCUGUUCUUACUAAAUGUAGGACAGGUAGCCCACUAUUCACAAAGUUACAACUACAGACAUAUUACAAACAUCCUUUGUACGUACUGAGGUUAACGACCUUGCCAUCAUGCACCGUUACCAAGUCUGCAUGCAGGAAUUUGUACAAACAACCCACCUACUGGCAGUUGGCGUUCUCAAACAGGUAACUAACAAGUGAGGUCGAACACAACAAGGGUGUGCAGGGAACGGUGGAUCCAACAUGGCGGCAGGUCUGAACCUCCAGCCUCAGCGGACCGUCGAUGGUCGCCUUUUUCUUGACCUGAGUAACCAGGGUUUGACGUCCAUCCCGGAGGAGGUGUUUGAUAUCACCGACCUGGAGAUUCUAGUUGUGUCCAACAACAAACUCACCAGCAUCCCGGUAGCGAUCGGCCGUUUGCGGAAACUUGAGCGUUUAGGCGCUACCGGCAACAAGCUGACAAGUUUGCCACAGGCAAUCGGGUCCUUGCAGAAAUUGACACACCUGUACAUUAAUGAUAAUGAACUGACAGAGGUUCCACCAGGGGUUUGUUCUCUGUCCAACCUUGAGCUAUUGAGUGCCAGUAACAACAAACUUUCCACCUUACCUCCUGGUGUGGAAAAGCUGCAGAAAUUGAGAGAAUUGGGCAUUGGUGGUAAUAAGCUGACAGAGGUUCCACCAGGGGUUUGUUCUCUGUCCAACCUUGAGGUGUUAGCUGCCCAAAACAACAAACUUUCCACCUUACCUCCUGGUGUGGAAAAGCUACAGAAAUUGAGAGAACUGCACAUUAAUGAUAAUCAGCUGACAGAGGUUCCACCAGUGGUUUGUUCUCUGUCCAACCUUGAGGUGUUGAAUGUCUGUAACACCAAACUUUCCACAUUACCUCCUGGUGUGGAAAAGCUGCAGAAAUUGAGAGAAUUAGGCAUUGAUGGUAAUCAGCUGGCAGAGGUUCCACCAGUGGUUUUCUCUCUGCCCAACCUUGAGCUGUUGGAUGUCAGUAACAACAAACUUUCCACCUUACCUCCUGGCGUGGAAAAGCUGCAGAAAUUGACAAAACUAUACAUUAAAGGUAAUCAGCUGACAGAGGUUCCACCAGUGAUUUGUUCUCUGUCCAACCUUGAGGUGUUAAGUGUCGGUCCAAACCCCAUCCGACGUCUCCCCGAUGAAAUCAGGCGACUCACCAGGCUGAAGACUCUGGGUGUUAUAGAAUGCCAGUUUGAAGAGUUCCCCAGACAGGUGCUGCAGCUGAAGACACUGGAGAAACUGUAUGCUGGAGGAUGCAAGUUCGACACUGUCCCAGAUGAAGUGGGAACUUUACAGCAUCUAUGUCUCUUGCAUUUGGAAUAUAACCUCCUCAGAACCCUGCCGAGCACCAUGAGUCACCUGCACAACCUACGUGUGGUCCAGCUCUGGGACAACAAGUUCGACACAUUCCCAGAAGUCCUGUGUGAACUGCCGGCCAUGGAAAAAUUGGACAUAAGGAACAACAACAUCACCAGGCUUCCAACCGCCCUUCACAGAGCAGAGAAGCUGACGGACUUGGUUGUUUCUGGAAACCCCCUGACAUACCCUCCAUGGCAUGUGUGUGUACAAGGGACUGGCACCAUCAUCGCCUUCCUGACACAGGAGACUGAGAAAGGUAUUGAUGAAGUGAUCCGCCAUACGUUCAACCAACUGUCCGUGAAGGUGAAACAGACCCAGUGGAAACCACUCGCCCGGAGCCUGGGGUUCAACAACUCGGAGAUAGCGGCCAUCAAGGCUUCCGCCCCAGACGACGUUCCUGACCAGGUGUACCAGACCCUGGUGGAGUGGAAAAUGAAGAAAGGUGAGGCGGCCACACUUCCUGCCCUGCAGCAGCACCUGAGAGAACUGGACUUUCACCAGCUAGCAGAGCUGCUGCCACAGACACCCGGGACACCGACUCGCAGAGGACAUGGAUUGGACGAGGGUGGUGCUGUUGGUGGCCGAGGGGCUGAUGAGCUACAGAACAGAUUCCCCAGUGUUACGGUUGAUAGUAAGUUCCCCAUCAUUCCUUAUGAACGACUGGAGGAACAGUCCAUUCUCGGCCGUGGGGGGUUCGCCUACGUGAUGAAAGCUCGACAUCUUGACUGGAGACAGGAAGUGGCCGUCAAAUGUUUGUGGACCCGCCAACUUGAAGGAAGUGAGCAGGAAGUGAUGUAUUCUGAAGCGAGGAAACUGAACCUGGGAAGCCGCUCGGACCACGUCAUCAGUCUGCUGGGGGUCUGUCUGGAUCCAAACUUCGCCAUCGUGAUGCCCUACAUGGAGAACGGCUCUCUGGCCGGGCUGCUGCGGGAUGUGGACGUGCCCUGGGCCCUGAGGUGGAGAAUGGCGCACGAGAUCUCCCUGGGGAUGACUUUCCUGCACUGCCAGAACCCGCAGAUUCUCCACUGUGAUCUGAAGGCAGAGAACGUGCUACUGGAUGGAGACUUCCACGUAAAGAUUUCAGAUUUCGGCAUGUCUAAGUGGAAGAUCAAAUCUCGUGUCGUCACUCAAACCAGUCCGGAAGGAAGCACAAUCACGCAUGCGCCGCCGGAGUACUUCGCUGACAUCAACCUCGCUCCAAACCCAAAGUUUGAUGUCUACAGCUUUGGCGUGCUGCUAUGGGAGAUGAUCACCAGAGCAGAUCCAUACGGAAAUGCCAUAAACUCAGCCCUCAUCAGACUUGCCGUGACGUCAGGACAACGACCUGACAUGACCCUGGUGCCUACAGGCCCGCCUGACGUCAUCACAGUCAGUCAGCUGAUGCAGACGUGCUGGAGUCAGAACCCAGAGGACAGACCUACAUUCCAGGACUGUGCUGCCCAGCUCCAGCUUGUGAAGGACAGGUUUGGUUGGGAGCAGAUUCAACAGGCCAUUAUAACCGUGAAGAAGAUGAAGGCCGCGGCACCCAGCAAGAAGUAACGUUACAGACAAAUGGCUUGCAGUAUAGUUAUUCCACUGACGUGUCUCUACUGCUGCAAUUAACAAUUAAUUGCGACUGAAGAUUCUGCUUGUUCGCUAGUUAAUAUCUGCUAGUUUGGUUUAGUUUCGUUUGAGGUUUUUUAGCAUGAAAAUGCAUGAAUCGUGUCCGCACGAUAUGAACUUUGACAAAAAUACGCGAACUGAUAAUAAUUCUACUGAAAGCUGUUAAAAUUAUAUAAUUUUCUUGCGUUUGGACCAUCCUGUGAAGAGGCAUGAGCUGAUAUUGUAUCAAGAAGCUGUCAUUAACAUUUAGCAACAAUGUGUAAAGUGGUUGUGAUGACCUCAAAAUGCUGUUAAGAACCAAGAACUAUCAGAUUGUGUGGCCUUAGUAGGUGUUGAUAAAUGAACAAUGUAGUAAGUAUCGGAACGGCACUCAGUUUUUGUUCCAUUGUUUCUAUUUUCCUAGCUAUGUGCUUGUGGUGUUGUAAUAUGGGCAGGUUUAGUGGUUUAUGAAAUAGGACUAGUAUAACGAUAGUAUUUGCAGUUUAUUGUGACUUGCUACCCACAUUUGGCUCCACUCAACUAGAAUUUUAAUAUUUUGUGGCCAAUUCUUUCAUUGACAGGACCGGAUGAUGAACAUGGAUAUUCAGAGGUUAAAUGUGACUUUUGCUCGACUCUAGAAUUCCACAAAAUUGUGUUGUAUAUACAUGUAAACUUAGUAGGUUUGGAGGUGUAUCGGAUAAGACUAGUAUCCGACACUAGCUAGUGUUGACUUCGUAGUUUUUUGUGACCAACAUGCAUUUUGUUCUACUCAAGUAUUUCAUGAUAUUCUGCAACCAAGUCAAGUCAAGGGACAGCUGAACAAUGGAUUUAAGAUUCAUAUUCAUGUUGUCAUCAUAUUUGUUACAGAAUUUUUCUAAAGUUGCAGAAUAGUGUUAAUUACAUUGAUAGCGACAUUAACCAAGCAAGGAUCAUUGAAAAUAUACUUUGAGCAUUAAGAAUGUAGUAUAUGUAGGCUUACUAAGGUUCUAUAUUACAAUGUAGUUACGUUUCUGACAUACUAUCCCUUUCAAUAAUCAAGUGUUAAUACUGUAAACCAAAUAUUACCUUGUUAUUUUCUUUUUUCUAAAAUAUCUCAAAAUAAUGUUGAAUUAUACAUAUGUUGUAUAGAAGUAAGAAUAGAUAUUACAUCAACAACGAAAGUUAGACCAGUAGUGAAACAUGUAUUUGCUGUAUGAAUAUUGAUUAUUAUAUACUAAUAGAUUAUCAUAUAUCAAUCAAUCUCCCGCAGGCGUGUUGUGCUGAUGCAUGGCGGCUGUCCACAGUUUUCUGUUCACAAGACCUUCAUAUUUCAUAUUAUCACCAGGUAUAUCAUAUUGCAUAAUUGUAGCUAGAAACGUUCCUAAUAAUACUAAGUAAUCUCCAAGAAGAUCCUAGGAUAGCAUAAGACAGUAUCAAAUUGACCAAAGAGGGUCCAACACGCCACCUUCUCUGGACAAUUUGAUACUGUCUCAUGCCACCCUAGGAUCUGCUUGGAGAUUACCUAAAGACACACGAAAAUCAUAUGUAUUGUGUGUUUGAUAGAACUAGGUGUUAUUGUAAGCUUGCAGUUUGGUCUGUCUCGCUGCUAA